GAAGAAGAUCAAGAUCUGGCUAUGAAGAACACCAACACCAUAGAAGAGGAAGGGUUAACAGCGAAAACAUUCAUAACCAACAAGAGAACAAGGAUUCUGUAAAGGUAAUGAAAUGGGGACUACUCUUACUAAGCUGCACCUUUAAUUUAAUAGGAUUGACAGGAGGACCUUUACUACUUAGAUUAUACUUCUUACAUGGUGGUAAUCGAAAAUGGUUAUCUAGCUUGUUACAAGUAGCUGGCUUCCCUAUACUCAUCAUCCCACUCAUUAUCCUUUAUCGUCAGCGCGAUCCAGGUCAACCUAGUGUCAAGUUUUUUGCUUCUCGAAAGCUAUUACUCUAUGCUGCUUUAAUAGGAUUAGCACAAGGAGUAGACAGAUUUAUGUAUUGUUAUGGUUUGUCCUUCCUUCCUGUAUCGAAUUCGUCUCUCCUUGUUGCAACUCAACUUGUUUUCACUGCCUUUAUAUCAUUCAUUUGGGUUAAGCAGAAGUUUACACCUUACUCGAUUAAUGCUAUUGUGGUGAUAAUCAUGGGUGUUAUACUACUUGGUAUAAGAAGAGCUGGGGAUCGUCCGCGUGGUGUUACAAAUUCUCAGUACUUGCUGGGAUUCUUUAUCAGUAUAGCUGAUGCAUCAAUUACAGGAUUCAUUUUAGUGAGUACACAAGUUGCUUAUGCUAAGGCUAAUCAAGCCAUGACUUAUCCUAUUGUGUUGCAGUUUCAAGUUUGCUUGUCCUUCUUUGCUACAGUGUGUUGCACCAUUGGAUGCCUCAUAAACAAUGAUUUUUCGGCAAUACGAAGAGAAGCAAGUGAAUUUGACUUGGGUAUGAAAAGAUACUACAUCGUGUUAGUUUCGAUUAUGAUAGUUUGACAGCUAAUGUUUAUAGGAAGAGUGGGGAUUAUUUUUUGUACCUCUUCUCUCUUUGCUGGAGUUAUGAGCGCGACGUUCCUUCCCAUUUCACAGAUAGCUGCUGUGAUAACGUUUCAUGAGAAUUUUGCAGCAGAGAAAGGAAUGGCCAUGGCUCUAACACUCUGGGGAUUCACUUCUUACUUCUAUGGCUCCUACAGGAGGACUAAAUAACAAAGGCAAGGGUACAUUUUGGCCCAGUAAGUAUGUGUUAUUACUUGAUGAUUGUACGGUAGACAACUAAGUGGCUGUAGUUUAGUGGUAAGAAUUCCACGUUGUGGCCGUGGAGACCUGGGCUCGAAUCCCAGCAGCCACAUUCUUUUUUAAUUUUUUUUUGUUUUGCUAUUAAUUCUAAUGGAGGUUAGGUUGAACCCCUUUAUAACUGGGUACAUGUUUCAAGCCUUCUGCUUCAUGAUAAUCUUUAUUCAUA